GCUGUCAACGUUUUGCUCCCUUCUGAUAACGCACAUGAAGCUGGUUUGCAUGUUGGAAGAUUACAUUUUCCUCUCACAUGGUUUUCAUUAUCUGAGAGCCCCGAGGAGAGGCCUGGAUUAAAUCAGGGGAGGAAUGGCGAAACCACACAAUGCAAUGAAAAUGGUGCUGAGGCAUACUUGGGAUAGUUGUGGGACAGGGGCUGCUGACGACAGAAGCAGGGCGCUGCCUGAGUGCUAGCAGCGGCGAGAAGCGGAGCUCUCUGAAAAGACAAAACAAAGCCUGGUGCCGAAUUCACGUCGCGGCUUGGGCUUACAACAAUUCCUGCAUUCUGCAAGGAUGGUGACUGGAGAUCUGUGAAGCUCGAAGCAGAUGAAUCUGGGAGGCAGAGCUCCGAAACGAGACGUGGGGUGACUCGAGCCAGAUCGAGCUCACGCGGGUUUAUCGAGACGGCGUCUGAGAGAAUUAUUUUGGAAGCGAGGACAGUAUCAAGUGAUCUGGCCUGCUGAAGAGGAUACUGAAGCCAUCUCUGAGCGGAGAUUUUGGACUUGCAGGAGGAAGGCCGUGUGCCCCCAUGUGCCAGAACUGCUCCUCCUUACCAAGGAAGUCAAAGUGAAGGACAUAGGUCAAGGGCAGCUUUUACAUUCCACCCAAAAGGCACCACGGUUUGAGAUGAGGAAUUCAGAAGAGCAAGCAGCUACGACAGUUUUACAGCGCCUGCUGCAGGAGCAGCUCAGAUACGGAAACCCAAAUGACAACCGUAACCUCCUCGCCUUACACCAGCAAGCCACGGGAAAUGCCCCCCCUUUCAACAGCACCGGGAACCCAGCGCCGCAGAACGAAGGGCUGAGCUCCCAGGACCACCAGCUCGUGACUCAUGCUGCCCGUCAGGAGCCCCAGGGCCAGGAGAUCCAGGUGGACAACAGCAUCAUGGAGAAGCAGCUCUCCCCGCGGCUCCAGAACAGCGAAGACCUCCCGACCUACGAGGAAGCCAAAGUCCAGUCGCAGUAUUUCAGGGGCCAGCCGCACGCCAGCGUCGGGGCAGCGUUUUACGUAACGGGGGUAACCAACCAAAAGAUGAGGACUGAAGGGCGGCCCACAGUUCAGCGGGUGAGCCCGGGGAAGGUCCACCAGGACGAAGGACUUAAGGACCUCAAGCAAGGCCACGUCCGCUCCUUGAGCGAGAGGCUGAUGCAGCUGUCCUUGGCCACCAGCGGCGUCAAGGCGCACGCGCCGGUCACAAGCGCGCCGCUCUCCCCCCUCUCCCCGCUUUCCCCUCAGCAGUCGAGCGACCCUUACAAAAAUUCUGGCUCCAACGAGUUCUACAAGAACUCGGUGCAGCCCCCUUCCCAGCCCAGCAUGAAAGGGAUGGAGCAGCGGGGUCCUCCUCCAGAGUAUCCUUACAAAAACGUCUCCACCCCAUCCAUGAACUGCAAACCUCAGGACUCGGGGCAUUUCUAUAGCGAUCAUCGCGUGAGCCAGCAGGGAAGAUCCGAUGGGCCUAUGAUGAGGUAUCAGCAUCCCCCCGAGUAUGGGUCAGUCAGGCAGAACCCAGACGUGCAGCUGCAGCUACAACAGCGACCACCUCACCACCACAGUCCGACGUCGUCCUUGACCUCCUUGGGAUCUUUGACCCUGCUCCAGUCUCCACCGCCAUCCAGGCUGUCCCCUUCCCAGCACCAGCAGCCCCUGACUCCAAGCCAGGGAGAUCCUGGCCUCCUGCCACGGACCCAGCAGCCCUUCUUGUCAAACCAAGUGCAUCAGGGAGAUCUGUACCGACUAUGCCAGCCUUUUCUGGGCCCGCAGCAGCAAGGCGAUUCCUAUUCCGUAAUGUCCAGGGCUCAGCAGAUACCUUCCCCGUACCAGCAGAUGCAAGUAGAUCCUUUUUCCAUAGUUUCCCGGGCCCAGCAAAUGGUGGAAAUCCUGUCAGAAGAGAACAGGUCUCUGCGCCAGGAGCUAGAUGGGUGUUACGAGAAGGUGGCCCGGCUGCAGAAGCUGGAAACAGAAAUUCAGCAAGUUUCAGAGGCAUACAAAAACCUGGAGAAGUCAUCCUCGAAGCGGGAUGCCCUGGAAAAGGCCAUGAGAAACAAGCUGGAAGGAGAAAUUCGUAGGCUUCAUGAUUUCAACAGGGAUCUGAGAGAACGUAUGGAGACAGCCAACAAGCAGCUUGCGGAGAAGGAAUUUGAGGGUUCUGAAGACAAUCGCAAAACCAUCUCUCAACUCUUUGCACAAAACAAGGAAACGCAGCGGGAAAAGGAGAAACUGGAAAUAGAACUGGCUGCUGCCCGCUCCACCAAUGAAGACCAGCGGAGACACAUUGAGAUCCGAGACCAGGCCUUGAACAACGCUCAGGCCAAGGUGGUGAAACUGGAGGAGGAGCUCAAAAAAAAGCAGGUCUACGUUGAGAAGGUGGAGAAGAUGCAGCAGGCCCUGGUUCAGCUGCAGGCAGCAUGUGAGAAACGGGAGCAGCUGGAACACCGGCUGCGGACGCGGCUGGAGCGAGAGCUGGAAUCUCUCCGCAUGCAGCAGCGUCAGGGCACAUCUCAGGCUGCCAACGUGUCGGAGUACAACGCCACGGCACUUAUGGAGCUCCUGCGCGAGAAGGAAGAAAGGAUUCUUGCUCUGGAAGCCGACAUGACCAAGUGGGAACAGAAGUACCUGGAGGAGAGUGUGAUGAGACAGUUUGCUUUGGAUGCAGCUGCGACUGUGGCUGCUCAGAGGGACACGACGGUGAUCAGCCACUCACCUAACCCGAGCUAUGACACCUCGCUGGAAGCUCGCAUUCAGAAGGAGGAGGAAGAGAUCCUGCUUGCCAACAGGAGGUGUCUCGACAUGGAGGGAAGGAUCAAGACUCUGCACGCUCAGAUCAUUGAGAAGGACGCCAUGAUCAAAGUGCUGCAGCAGCGCUCCCGCAAGGAGCCCGGGAAGACGGACCAGCUGUCCUCGAUGAGGCCCGCCAAGUCGCUCAUGUCCAUCUCAAACGCGGGCUCGGGCUUGCUGUCCCAUUCGUCCACGCUGAGCAGCACUCCCAUCCUGGAGGAGAAGAGGGAGGACAAGAGCUGGAAAGGCAGUCUAGGUGUUCUGCUGGGAACAGAAUAUCGCUCGGAAUCCAUCCCCUCCACGCCCUCUCCUGUCCUUCCUUCCACCCCGUUGCUGUCAGCCCACUCGAAAACAGGCAGCAGAGACUGCAGCACCCAGACUGACCGGGGGAGCGAUCAGAGCAAAGCCGCUCCUCCUGCUGCAGCUCCCACACCGGGACGACUCCCCAGUGCCGGGCUGGCCUACGCUGCGGACAAAACAGAUGGGCCACUCUUCCACUCCAGCACCCUUGAAAGAAAAGCCCCUGUUCAGACCAUGGGUCAGGACAUCCCAGAUGGAGAGAUGGUAGAAUACCUCAUCUGAAAGGCUGUGCCAGGAUCUGAGCUGGGAUACAAUAGCAAGAAUUUUUUUAAAAGACAUUUUUAUUGGGAAAAAAAAUUGUAGUACCUGAGUAAUAAAAGAAAACUCAGCUGUUUGCUCUUGUAUAUUAUGUCUCAAAAGUAUGAACAGGUUAAUUUAUAAUUUGUUCUAAAUUAUAAAAAAAAAGUCCGUAACGCUUGUUCUUUGAAAGUUUCCCCCUUUAUUUUGUAAUUACUGGAUCUGGCAAUGUCUGGAUAAAAAACCAAGAACUUAGGCGUGCUACAUCUUGUAUUUCAGUUCAGUAUUUUGAAAGUCUUAAACAGAAGUUCCUGCUCUCACAGCUGUUGGCUAAUUGUCUACUUUUAACACAGCGCGAUGGGCGUGAAGGCCUUACGGUGAUCAGAACCAGGGACUUGGGUGUCAGCACCACGUAGAGGUUUCAGAUCACAGGUGUUCAGAAGAGGCUGAGAUGAGGUAUGAUCAAGGGAGAUUUCUCUUUGCAGUCAGAGUGAGAACUCAAAAUAGGUAUUUCACAGGCGUAGGCUGGAAAGAUUUGCGUUUUCAGUAGGGUAUUUUUUUUCCCAAGUCGUGUUACUCCUAUUAAAAAAGGAAAAGACAAGACUCCGGUGAUUAAUGUCACAUUUCAUGUUUUCAGUUGCAUCGAACGAUUUGCCAUGCUUUUAUACUUUUUCAAUAAUUUAUACAGUGGAUAGUAAUUAAUAUAUUGCAUUCAUGUUUUACGUAAAUUAAAAAGGACAUUCUACAGGGUAGGUCCUGAUCUGUUAGGUCAGAUUUCUGCCAUUGUAGCUCCAUCGGCGUUAGCGGAACUACUCCCACUUCAGUGUAGUGCAAGUGGCGAGCGCUGUUGCUUCUCAGUGUUAGCAGCUUCAUCUGCGGAGAACUUCCUCUUUCCAGGGGUCUCUGUAUGUCACAUGCCUUCCUUUGUAUGUCCUGCGUUCUGGGAGAUCCUAGAUGCUUUUUCAUAUAGCAGAGCUCGGAGGUAGAGGUUUAAACAGGAGCUCUGUGUAACGUUUCAGAUGGCAAAUUCUGUCCUUUCAAAUUAUUUUUUUCUUUAUCUAACUGGAGAGAGCAGCUUAACCCCCCCGAGGCAUUACGGAAGGAAGUUAUGCGUUCUAGUUGUCAGGUUCUCUUUCAGAUCCGGGGAAACUGCCACAGAUGCAGCAAUGCUUCAGUCGCAGGUGCUGUAAGGAGAUACUGAGACCAACAGAAGUAAAUGUUUGAGUAUUUUUGUUACUUUGCAUUGUAUCAAAACAGUUCAAUAUUCAUUUCUGUUAAAAACUUUUUUUUUUACUUGAAUGUUUAAAUGUUUUAAUUAGCUGGUAGUCAUGGGUCAGGAGCCUGGCUAGCCUCAGCUUUCUCUGCAACAUUAGAGCAGCCAGAUUUUAAUUUCAGAUUGCUCCGGAAAUAGGAGAAAUUAGCCGUUAGUCAUCCAACAGCUAGUGAAUGUCCUCAAUUCUUACUUGGUUGACACUAGUGAUAAGGUGUCCUCUUGAAAUGGCCUUACCAGAUCAAGAAAUAUAAUGUGAAUUUUGCAAUGGAGGGUUGGGAGAUGGGAGGAGGUGCCUUCUCUCACCGCACGGGUGUCUUAGCAGUGCCUAAAGAUUCUGCUCGUCUUCUAGUGGUAAUGGCUUAGAAAAGCAAGGCAAGCAGUUCCCAUCUUAUCUGUGGGCAAUAUUCCUGGACCCACAGAAGUUCGAGAUGGUAGAAUGUACAUGCGGUAAGAUAGGGCCUGAGCCUAGACAGCCUGACUUUACUGCAAGAUACGACUAAGUCUGAAUAGCCUGACUUUGCCUGGUGCCCUCUAACAGGCUGCACAACCUUCCUUCCAUCCCGCUGCGUCAGAGCUCCAGAGCUGCACUUUAAGGCUUGGGCAGCCUCUGCCACAUGGGAUAAUGUUCUGGAGUACAGGAGGCCUUUUCUAAGGGCAUUCUAAGGAUGUGAUUUAGUUCUCCACCCUCUUCUAGACAAACCAUUCACAGCCUCUUUGUUCUCACCCCUUGCAUUUAUUUCUGUUGACCUAAUUCCAUCCUGUUACAUGAAGUUAUGCCCACUCUGGGUGAUUUUAAGUGGUUUCCCUUCCUCUUCCACAGUUGCUGGAAAUGCAGAAGCAGCUUUUCUCAUUAGGUCACUGCCCAUCCUUCUGCCCUUUCAGCUUCAUUUUCUCUAUUAGAUUUUGUGGUUUGGGCUUAUAAUGAACCGUAAGGGACAUCAAAUGCCACUGGGGUGUGUGAGAGAGAGGUCUGAGUACUUUUCUGCUCUUCUAAAGUCAGAAGAAAUGAUAUUCCAUCUUGACAAGUGCUUCUCAGCAGUAGGAAAGAAGUUUUGCAGCUGUAGGGCUCUGGAUAAACAGUUCCAGCUCACUUGCUUCACUUUAAUUCUGAAGUGCCUCGGACAUUUGUGAUCUUUUACAGAUAAAAUCUGUUUCAGAAAACCGAUUUUCCCCAGUCGGUAUUGGCUGUUCAGCUGGACUAGGUAAAAACCAUUUGCUUAUCGUCCUUGCAGCUCAUUGUUUUCAAACUGAGCUCCACUGCAAUCUAUUUUUACAAAGAAAAAAGGAUGUAAUAGUCCUAUGUGAAUGUAAUGCAGACGAUGCACAGCAGCUGCCUCCUCAAAAAGUGGUGGUCUCUGACAGAGCAAGCCGCCAGGAUCGCGGUAGCCUUACUGUCUCUGUGCCAGUAGAAGUGAACUUGGAAGCCAGUGAUGCAUUUUCACAUUCCUUAGGUCAAGUUCUUUGCCCUGUUUUCCAGUUUUGAUUUCUCCCAAAAGCAAAGCCCCUGAAAUUUUUGACACGGAAGUUUGAGGUAAUCUUCCUGUGCUGAUAAACCAGGAACCGUCAGGAAUGUAGCCUUCCCCUCCAGCUUCCUCAGAGCCAUCCUGAUGUGAAUGUAAACGAGCUGCUUGCUUUGAGGAAGGUGCGUACUACGGCCUUCAGUCUCCCUGUACAGAUUUCUAUUUUGUUUUUAAACAAACUGCUUUAAGGAGACAAACUGUACACCUAGUUCCUUUGGUAGAGCUUAUUCCUAGCAGAAUGUCAUUUUUAACAGGUUGAUUGCAAUGACCUUUGCAAACCAAAAGUCUAGACUAAGAGUUUUUCUUAAACUCGGGUAUUAGAAGCAGAAUUGUAGCUUUUAUUAAAAAUAAUAAUAAUAAAAAGCCACAUAUUCUUCUCUGUAGAGCAAAACAAGAAAAUCAAGUGUAGUUCCUUUUCCUCUUUCACUGCGUACAGAUUGGCCAAACUCCCAAGCCAUUUCCGUGGGAUGUGAAGGCUCAGGGCACUGCCUGAGAUCUGGAGGUUUUUGUUCCCAUCCGACCCGGUGUCAUUAUUAACUGAGCAGCUCCUGCCUGGCAGCUCCUGUGGGGUCUAGGGCUGUAAUUCUCUGGUCUGAGCACCCCUGGGGAUCUGAGUUGCCCCUCAGGAGCUUGCCAAGGGUGGCUAAGGUAAGCAAAUGCUGUCAGGGAGCUUAAAUUCUUUCCCUUUUGUGGCAACCACAAGAUGUGAGGCACAAAGCUGGCAUUACCUUUGCUUCAUUUCUUUGGCUGCCUGAGUGAGGGGACUUGCAGGGCUUUCGGCCAGGACCAUUUCCAAGGAUGCCUCCUGCUCCAUGAGCCCGCGCCAGCAAGCGGCGGUGUGCUAAGGUGUGUGACGGCCGCACGCCGUGAGCCAGCCCCGGCUGCAGGAGCUGCGCUUUUCCACCUCUAAAGUGACCACGUAAGCUCGGGGCAGCGAGGACAGCGACGCCCCGGGGGUCCUUGGGCUCCUCUGCCUUCCCCGGAGGCUGGCGGCUCUGCUCCGUGCCAGGGCGGGGGGCUGUGGGCAGGGCGUUCUCUUUCCAUGUAUUUGUAUAGGAACUUUUUUUUUUUUUAAAAAAACUAGUGUUCUCAUGUCUAGAAAGUAAAAAGACAUUGUAAAAUGUAAUUGUACUGUAUUUAUGAAGAAAA